AAGUUGUACAAUCUGUUAUUCUGAACAAGCAGAUUCACGAGCCGCCCAUGUUGAUCGAGCACAAACACACCCAUCCCGUUAACAUUCUGCAACUUUUUACUAAGUACGUCUUAAUGAUUUGGUUUGUAUGCACUUUUGGACAUUUUUGGCUAAAUAUUUAAUGCUGUCGAGAUCGUGAUAACGGAAACUAUAUAACAUGGGUUCGACGAACUCCACCCUGAUAAAAAUCCCAAACGUCGAUGAGUUGAUUCAAGAAACUGGCUUCUCAACUGCACAUAUUAUACGUUUGCAUGACCGCUUCAAAGAGCUAGAUAAAGAAAGAAGAGGUUACCUCUGUCCUCAGGAUUUUGGAGCAAUAAAAGGACUGGCAAUAAACCCCAUAGGAGACAGAAUAAUAGGUGCUUUCUUUUCCCCUGGGAGGGAAACAGUGGACUUCUACACUUUUGUGAAAAUCCUGGCUCAUUUCCGACCUGCUGACAACAGCCGACCCAAAGAAUCCAGUUCUCCUGAACCCAUCAAUAGCAGGACCAACAAACUCAAAUUUGUUUUUCAGAUGUAUGACAUUGAUAAGGAUGGCAAGAUAUCCAGAAUUGACCUUUUAAAGGCUCUCCGGAGCAUGCUGGAGAUGCAGGUGACAGAGGAGCAACUAGACAGCAUAGUAGACCGCACUAUACAGGAAGCAGAUUUAGACGGAGAUGAUGCCAUAUCGUUUGAGGAGUUUCGCAAGUCCUUGGAGAAGGUCAACAUUGACCACAAGAUGAGCAUUCGCUUCUUGCGUUAAAGCAACACAGAAAAGUGACUUCGCAGACCUCACAUACAUCACAAAAAUCAAUUUCAUCUCCUAAUCUGAAGAAAUGCAGGGAAUAUCUUUACAGGACAAUGUGACGGAUAAAGCGAUUGUUUGGUAUUUGAAUGCACUGCUAAUUUCAACAUGGAACAGUAUUUUCAACUACAUUCUGACAAAUUUAUAAAAUGUUUAACUAUGCAUCAAAAAAGUGUUUAUGUAACAUAAAUUGAACUGAUAUAUUUAUUUAUCAUCUAAAUAUAUUUUAAUUCGAACAGUUUGUUGCUGCAGGGAAAGAAAGAGUGAUGAUAAGUGAAUUGUCUUCAUAAUGGCCAGCGUUGGUAUUGUAUGUACAGGUUAUCUAAACAUAAGGGAAAAUUUCAUGCUUGAUUUUAAUGUUUUGAAGGGGUUUUUAAUGCUGGUUUAUACAAUUUGGACUAUAAGCUUCAUAUGACAGGCUAUUACACAGUAUUAGGCCUGUUUCUUUUCUAAAAACAGCCUCUAAAGACAGCUCAUAGACUAUUUGUAUUAAACUCUGACUGACAUUCAAAAAUGAAUUAAAAUGUGACAUGAUUCAUCA